UUUGUUUCGUCAGACGCAGCGGCGGGUGAGGGGUAUUUUCUUUAUAGAAUCGAAAGUGUUCGCUUUUCGCAAACGUUGGGGAGUGCAUUUAUUUGUUUGUUUAUUCGCGUGGCCGCGUUGCUAAGCUGUGUUUCCGCUGCUCGUGGAGGGUGUUUUUUUUUAAAAACAAAGUAAUUUAAAUACACGGAGAUGAGUUCGCUGGAUAUACGGAAACUAAAAGUGAACGAGCUAAAAGAGGAGCUACACAAACGCGGCCUGGACACAAAGGGCCUCAAGGCGGACCUGCAGGAGCGGCUACAGGCAGCCCUCGACCGUGCCGCUGAGGAGGAGGAGGAGGAGCGGGAGCGGCGGCGGCGGGCGGCCGCAGCUGCCGAGCAGCAGCGACAGCAGGAGGCAGCGAGAGCCCGGGCAGCUGACGUGCCUGAUGAGUGGGAAACACAUUAUGGUGGAGACCGAAACUCCUUCGGUGAAAUAUAUGAUAAGCAAGGUGGCGACUUUGGAAGGCGUGACCAAGGAAAUGCAGAGAGAAUCUUUGAGAAGCCAUCCAUUGAGCCAGCAGCAGCACAGCCACAUAAACCAGAAUUUCAACCAGUCGAAGUAAAAGAAGAGCGUGUGGAUCAAAUGGAGGUCAAACAGGAGAUACAGCUGAGCAGAAAGAGGCCAUACCCUGAUCAAGGGCAUGGAUAUUAUGAAUAUAGAGAGGACAGAAGUUACAGUCGAGCAAGAUCUCCCCAGCCACCUGCAGAGGAUGAUGAGGAAGUCUUCGAUGAAUCAUGUGUGAUCAUUGACACUUAUAACUGUGAUCUGCACUUUAAAGUGGCUAGAGACCGCUUGAGUGGCUACCCCUUGACUAUUGAAGGAUUUGCAUAUCUGUGGUCAGGAGCACGAGCAACAUAUGGGGUCAACAAGGGGAAAGUUUGUUUUGAAGUUAAGAUUCAUGAAGAGAUUUCAGUUAAACACCUCCCUCCGACUGAGCCCGAUCCCCAUGUGGUUCGUGUUGGUUGGUCACUUGAUUCAUGCAGUACCCAAUUAGGUGAGGAGGAAUUCUCAUUUGGGUUUGGAGGAACUGGAAAGAAGUCAACAAACUGCAAGUUUCAGGACUACGGAGAGCGAUUUUCUGAGAACGAUGUGAUGGGAUGUCUAAUUAAUUUUGAAGCCGGUGAAGAUGUGGAGAUGUCCUUUACAAAGAAUGGAAGGUGGCUAGGUGUGGCGUUUAGGGUCAAAAAGAUGGCUCUUGGUGGACUGCCAUUGUUCCCACAUGUGCUGACAAAGAAUUGUGCCAUUGAAUUCAACUUUGGGCAGAAGGAACCAUGGUGCAGAAUUCCUGAUGGGUUCACGUACAUUCAGCAUGUGCCUGUCGAUGAACGUAUACGAGGCACAUUAGGACCAAAGACUAAGUCAGAGUGUGAGAUCCUGAUGAUGGUUGGCUUACCUGCAGCUGGGAAGACAACAUGGGCUAUUACACAUGCAGCUCGCCAUCCUUGGAAGAAAUACAACAUCCUCGGAACAAAUGCCAUCAUGGAAAAGAUGAAGGUGAUGGGUCUUCGCCGUCAACGCAAUUACGCAGGUCGCUGGGACGUCCUAAUCCAGCAGGCUACUCAGUGCUUGAACCGCCUCAUCCAGAUUGCUGCUCGCAAGAAACGUAACUACAUUCUUGACCAGACAAAUGUUUAUGGAUCAGCACAGAGACGAAAAAUGCGUCCUUUUGAAGGGUUUCAACGCAAGGCUAUUGUAAUUUGUCCCACGGAUGCCGAUUUAAAACAACGGACAAUAAAGCGCACUGAUGAGGAAGGAAAGGAUGUUCCUGAUCAUGCAGUUUUAGAAAUGAAAGCGAACUUCUCCCUGCCUGAGGCUGACGAGUUCCUGGACGACGUGACCUACAUCGAGCUGCAGAAGGAGGAGUCGCUGAAGCUGGUGAGCGAAUAUAAUGAGGAAGGAAGAAAGGCUGGCCCUCCCCCCGACAAGAGGUUCGACAACCGAACCGGCGGCUUCCGUGGGCGAGGAAACUUCAACCGAUUCGACAAUCGCGGCGGGCAGGCGGCACGUGGGUUCACCCGUGGCGGAUUCCGAUCAGGCUUCAACCGUGGAGGUAACACACAGAACCGUUGGACCAACAGUACCACUAACAGCCGUGGUACCUACAAUCGCACCCAGAGCUAUAACUCGACCCGCACACCCACCUACAACAAAACCAGCUACAAUCAGAGCCAGCCAACACCAGCAGCACCUACGACGACACCGACAACGUAUGCGCAGACCUACAGUCAGGGCUACAAUCAAACGUACAAUCCAAGUUACACUUACGCCAACUAUAGCACCUAUGGGAACUACAAUCAAAGCUACACUCAGCCCCAGACUGCAACACAACCUUACACCCAGCAAUACCCCAGCCAGUACCAGCAGUAUGCUCAGCAGUGGAGCCAGUAUUAUCAGAACCAGAGUCAGUGGAACCACUACUAUGGGAAUUACAACUAUGGAAAUUACUCGGGAGGAUCCCAAGGCUCUGGGACACAGUAAAAUCCAAAUGCCGAAGCUAUUGUCACAAAACCAUUUUUUAAAAAAAAACAAUAAUUCUACUAGCAGUCUGUUGUAUUUAAGAUUUAAAAGCUGCAUCAGGGUGUGAAACACACCAGUCUUCAGGCAUUUUAUUGUGUCAAUAUAGUAGUAGUGAUUGUAUAAUUGAAAAAGAUGCAAAGAGAAGGAAUAAACAGUUUUAAGAUUCUGGGAUGUUUCAUGUAAUGACGCCUUUUUAGAUUUUUAUGUAACUUUUUACUGUUAAUAAGCUGUCAAUAUUUUGUCGGUAACUAAUGACAAAAUUUCUUUGAAACUAUUAGAACCUUGAACAUGUGUUAACUUUUUUUAUAUAAAUGUAUAACUAUUCACGUGACUUUGCUUGUGCUUUUCCGUUGAGUCUGGUUGAAACAGCUUUUGUACCUGGGGAAGAUCUAAGAUUGAAUGAUACACAUACACAUACACAUACAUACACACACACACACACACAGCUUUUGGUGUUACUGUCCUCAUUAACGUCUUACAAGAAUUUGUGUUUGUCUGAAAUAUAAUUAAGGGCACAAGGAAUAUUUUUGAUCAUACUGUUGGGUUUUAGCAAUUGUUGUCUAUCUUGGGCAAAGAGGAGCACUGAGAAUUAUCUCUGAACACCCUUCAGGUUUGGCAGUUGUGCUAUUGUAAAAAAGCAGGGAUUUAAACAAAGAAAUAAACACUCCAUUUUAUGUACAAACCAAACCAUUUUACAAUAUCAUUCAGGCAAUCAGUUUAUUUCACCACCAUUUUGGCUGAUGAACUGAAAAAUUGUCUUCCAUCUCUAGAAGCUGACAAAGCGUAUACUGUUAAUAAAAAAAACAAAUCUGCCUAUCUCUCAGCUUUGGGUGUGUUUUACUUCACUUGCUUCAUGCAGCCUCGGUUCCUGAAAGGAGUGCACAUUUACUAUGUGACUACUCUGUUUCGCUUUGCACCUGGGGAAGGGGUGGGAGAAAGGGAGGUGAUUGUCUUGGCUAGUUAUCCUUCCUGAGGUGCUGUGCUCAUGAGAAAGGUAGAUGAUGACAUCCUGAGACUUGCUGUGAUGAUGAAUGCUUGGCAAUCUUGUAACGCCGGCCUUUUAUCACACUGUCCUAAGGUAGAACUACUGAUCUCCAUUGCUGGAAUCGAUUAGGUUUCAUUGUGAUGCUCCAAAUAAACCAGUUUUGGAAAGAUGUGGCUUGUGGGCCAGCUCCAGAGCUCAACCCCUGUAUCUCUUUGGCUUGUGGCCUGGUGAUGAAUAACUUGACCUCAAACUAGACAGGAAAUGGCAACCUGGUUAAAUUCACUCCAAACUGAUCAGGAAGGCAGGAUGGGCUGAAUGGCCUCCUGUGCUGUGUCAUUAAAUAAUUAGGAUAUUUGAUUUAAUUUGGUUUACUCCCUCCACUUGGCGGGCCACUAAACAUUUUCAAAUAAUAGGUCAUUUACUAUGUGACUACUCAUUUUCCCACACUAGCAGCAGAUAAGGUUUUGCCUCAGGGAAGCAAAUUUCAAAUUAUGAAUUCACCCCUCUCUCUCCACUCUCCCACCCUGCUAGAUUGUCACUUGAAUGAGUGGCUUUAGUAACUUUUGAUCACAUCUUGGGCAGGCAUAACUAGAUGCCGGAACAUCUAGUUUGGAAUAAAUAUUCUAGAGCAUUAAUAGGUAGAAACUUUACAAGAAAGAGUUAACCUUGAUGGUUGAAUCACUGAACUGUACAGAUCUGGAAGACCCUAGCUUGAUCCCUGGUAGAUGUUGGGUUGGAUAUGUUUUCGACCUGAGUGGCAAUCUGGUGAAACAGAUUGCAUGCCUCGUAGAGAACCUGCUUGAUUUUCAGUACAGGAAUUUCAGUGGGGUGAAAAGCAGGUGGAAGAACAAGCGACCAAAGAAUAUAAAAAGCUAGCCCAAUGCAAUUUGCUUUGGGAGGCAGUGAGAUCUUGUGACUGGUCCUACUUGAAAUGAGUGUGUGGAGGAAGUUGGUCUGGACUUUUAUGAUGCUGCCUUGCAAUCACAUAACCUGCUGAUCUGUUGGUGACAACGUGAGAAGUGGCUCAUUGGAAAUGGUACCAAAAUGAACUAAUUAUCUAUGGGAUUGAAACGAUGGGUGUACUGGGGGGGCGGGGGAGUAGGGAAGAAAAUUGGAGAAAUCUUCAUUAGAAAUGAUUGCAUGCAAGAUAGUGGCCUGCAUUGUAGUGACCCCACACACUACUGUUAGUGUUUUAUUUGACUUUAUAGGUAGCUUGUAGACAUGAAAUUGCUUGUGGAUAAGUAAAUUUAUUUGUCAUAUUGUAAAAUUCACAAGUUUGUGUUGUCACUGAUCCAUGUAGAAAAGUGCUUCAUCAUUCCAUUCUGUUACACAGGCAAAGACUAGUUAUUACAAGAAUUUUAUCCUAGGGGUUUAUAGUGAAAAUAUGUUAAGUAAAUCCUAGGAACAUUGAUCACCAAGAUGCCUAUGUCCUGUCAGACUGUCAAUCUAGACUGAAUGCUUCAUAGUAUGAACACUUGCUCUUUUUCCCUGUUGAUACCUGCCAUUUAACUUUACAUUUGGUUAAGUUUUAAAGCUAUUGCUUUGUGACUAUGUCGGUACUUUGUUACAAUGCCUAAAACUGAACAAUUAUGUUUAAACAAAAAAGUCAUUAAAAAUGUAUUUUAAACUCA